UUUAACGUGAUAUUUUGUUAUCUGCUGUUAUUUUGCCGCAAAGUUUUUAAAAACGGGAUCGAAAAUUUUAUCGAAUUGCUGUCAAGCUUCUUUUCAGUUCUACCCAAAAAAGAUCGAGCUGAUAUGACACGGAGAGAUACGGGAGCUCUUUCAAUGGAACUGCUCACUGCUCAUACACAGAUGAGAUAUCUCGACCACAGCUUCGACAAUAUUCGGCGAUAUAACCGUUAUAAACAUUUUCAACAUUUGCAAUUUGAUCAAAGAAUGAUUCCCGAACGGUUACUAUUCUUAGGCCCAGACUUGGCUGCUGCACAUUUUCUAGUCCAUAGAGGAGCUUCUGUAAAGUUUAUUGGUGAUGAUGCUUGGUACAAAAGGGAUAAAUGGGGGAAUUACAGUUUGCCUGGAACUAAGGUACCAGGACUUUAUAUAGAAGCUAUAGACGCAUCAGGAACAGAGCUCAUGUUUGAAGGUUUUGAAAAUUUACAAAAUCUAAAUCACCUGAGGAUGCUACGAUUGGUUGAUUGUCCUUAUGUUGAUGAUUGGACGUUAUCAAGGAUAGGAGGAAUGAUGGAAACUUUAGAAAUGCUUGACCUGAGUGGAUGUCAUCGGAUUUCUGCGAAGGGCCUUAUGGGAUUGAAAUUGUUGAAAUCUUUAAAAUAUCUUCGACUUGAAGGAAUCGAAUGCAAGAAUCUGGGCAAAGCUGCAUUGUUGCUAGAGGAAACUAUACCAAAAUUGAAAGUUCUUGGUGUCGAUUACGAGCAUGAACUGGAAGCGUUGGAAGCGAAUAUAAGGCUUCUGGAAAACCCAAAUGUUAUCGAGGACGCGAAAGGGAACAUGUUUGUUGAAGACGACAAUGGACGACUAUUCUAUAUUGGAGGGAAUGUGAACGAACGACCAGCCGUUUGUGACAAUGACAAACCAAUUAUGACUAGUACGAUACGAAGAGAAAUCCCCAAAAUGAGCGACGAAGAGUUCGAGAGGAUUGACAGGUUGUCAGGGGGCAAACUGCGUCAUCUUCUUGUCGGAUCUCCGAGUGGUUAUGAGUGGAAUUCACAGGUGGAGACUAUUCUUCAAUUUGAAGCCGAGUACAACGAAAAACGAGGCAUUCCUGUUGAUCCGAAAAUGUUGCCAAAAGAAAGGAGGAAGCCGGUAAAGUUUAAUUCCGAAAGCUUAUGCCUUACCACUUGA